UCAGCUGAGAGGCCGGCGUUUCCCAGCAUGCCCUGGGUCCGCCUGGCUCUUGCAGUCGGUGGAGAUUUCUGAUGAUUUCUACAGAACAAGGGCACAACAAAGCAUUAGAAGCUGUUUUAGGUAUCCUGCCUGACAGCAGCUACAUCGAGCUGUCUGGGAGAGGCGUGGGAAGAGUUUUUAUUAUAGAGACCUCUUUGUUUUACAGGGUUAAACAAGAUGGCCAAGAUCCAAUCCGAAGCACCUUUCUAAAAUGUCCACAGAUUAAUGACUCAUUUGGGUGCAGGUGUUUGUCUUUUUCACAGUACAAAGAGCAGGAUUAUAAACCUUUCAAAAUCAAUGAUUUCAUGAUGGAUGUCUUUAUUUUUAAUCAAUAUUAACUCAAAUGUAGAGGAUAUACAGUUGAAACCCCUUGAUUAGCCACAUUAGUUACAACUGUGAUAAAGGCAUUGCUCAAAAUCAUGUUUUCAUUCUCUGAAACAUUAUUUACGUGAAAUUAUCCAGAGUUCACAUAUGGAUUAGAACUAAUCUAACUGAUGAAGAAAUCUGUCUUGUUAGUUACUCACUAAGCCAGAAGCAGAUCAGGCUAUGCCGUAUCGACCAACUGUCACUUCCCUUUCUUUCUCCAUGUACACAAAACACAUGGUAGAACAUUAACCCAUGUGUCAUGGUGUGUGUGUGUGUGUGUGCACACAGGUAUAAUCCCAUGUUGUGUUCCUGCCAUAUUAUAGCUGGCCGCUAUAAAAGUGUAGCAGCAAGUGUGGGUUGGGCUAUAAAAGCAUAAAUAUAGCAUCAACCCAAUAAGAAACAGGACAGGUGAGGCAGACAGUGCUUUUUGAAGAAAUUGUUAGGAGGUUUUGGCUGUAAUUGGAGAUAAAUAUAGGCCUAAUUUGCAGCCAGAAAAGCCAACAGGUGGAGUGCUAUUAUUCCCCUGACUUGGAUUGGACAAAACUGGACCAGAUUUAAGUCUCCACACUAUUUUUAAAACCAGGACAUCCUUGCGUUGACAGUUUUAAUAUAAUUCAUUCGAAAGAUCAACCUAAGUAGAGUUUCAAGAUACUUUUAGGAGUUACUAGUUACUAGUAGGGGAGGUUGAAGCACCAGUGUCAAAAUGUGUUCAGGUGGCUUUGCCAAGUGUCUGGGGAUCAGUCUGAUGCCUCUGGCGAUUGUGUGUGUGCUGUGUAACAUCCUGCUCUUCUUCCCCGGUGGAAAAUAUGUCGAAAGUGGACACAUCACACAGCAAGUCUGGUACUUUGGAGGCAUUCUGGGAUCUGGAGUGCUGAUGAUCUUCCCAGCUCUGGUCUUCCUGGGUCUGAAGAACAAUGACUGCUGCGGUUGCUGUGGCAACGAAAGCUGUGGGCAGAGAUUUGCGAUGCUGAGUUCCAUACUGUUUGCAGCUGUGGGUGUUGUGGGUGCUGGUUACUCAGUUAUUGUUUCCUCUGUAGCCAUAAACCACGGACCUCAGUGUUUGGUUAGGGUUAAUGAGACAUACAAGCAGUGGAGCUACCCCUUCUCAAAUGGUGACUACCUGUCCAACAAAACUGCCUGGUCAAAGAUAUGCUUAGAGCCAGCUGGCGUGGUGUCCUGGCAUCUCUCUCUGUUCUCUGUGCUGCUGGUCAUGGGUUUAAUCCAGAUGGCACUGUGUGCUGUGCAGGUGGUGAACGGCCUGCUGGGAUGUCUGUGUGGGGACUGCUGUGGAGGGAGUGAUGGAGCCUGAAGUUUGAACACGUCCUACAGCUGUGAGAGUCUGCAGGCGGCUGUUUCCUGUAUGUUGUCUGUUUUUAGAGGAUGACAGUAGUUUCUUGCUUUAUGCCAUAGUUGUACAUUUUUGCAUAAGAGCUCAUUGAUUACAUUGUGUGUACUAUCAGACAACACUGUUGAAAUGACAGAGCUCUAAUUUAAAGGGUUUCCCAUUUACUCUCUAGCAAACACUAAUGACUGCAUCUUCUCAUUAUUGUGAACACUAAUCACUGUACUGUAGUUAACAAUUUUCCUCCUGCUAUACACAAAUCAGUGAAUAAAGAUCCUAUUUUUUAUAUGUAUGAGAAGCAGUGGGACCAUGAUACAUGAUAGGGUCAUACUAUUGCGUAAAAUACUUACUUUUUUUCUUAUCUAGUUUAAACACGGCAGCAACCUGUUAGAAAAAUCAUUCUUAAGAAUUUCUCGCUUGAGAUAAGAUAUUUCUUUUGCGUGACUGCCCCCUGCUGGGCAUUUGGUGUAGUAAGCAUGAGUUUGAUGGGGGUUAAAAGGUCAUAGAGGUGGACCUACAUAUAUAAACCAUAGACUGUGAAACAAUAUAAACUAUAUAUAUAUAUAUAUAAUUGUUUACAGUCUAUGGUAUCGACACCAUCAAUACAAUCUAACAUAAUGUACCUCUCAUUGAGUGUGUUUACAUGGUGAAUGUGAAUGUUGCUCUUAGAAUCAGAAGUACUCCAACAGAAUGCUUUUAUUUCAAAAUGUUGUUCCACCAGACUUUAGUAAGGUUGUUGUCAUCCAAAAUUUCCCUUGGGAGAUGAAUAAAGUAUCUAUCUAUCUAUCUAUCUAUCUAUCUAUCUAUCUAUCUAUCUAUCUAUCUAUCUAUCUAUCUAUCCAUCUAUCUAUCUAUCUAUCUAUCUAAUCAUAUAUGAUCAUGACAAAUGUGUUAUGGAGGUGUUUUCUUGUAUCAGUGUGUGCCACGGUAAAAUAUUUCACACCAAUUACUCACUUUAUGCAUGGAUGUAACUGUUAUUAGGCUUUUUUCACUUCUCUUUUGUACAGACUUACAUAUGUCGGCCUUUUUAUGACGAGGUACUAACUUGUGUGAUGUGUUAUUAAAGUACAUCUUUCUGUA